UAGAUGGCAGUGGUCGAAAAGAAGCGACCCUCAUGUAAGCAUGUCCGGGUUAAACAAUGACGGCUAAGUUAAAUGUCGUUUUUGACGUUAUUUAACACUUUAUUGAUUUACAAAAAAGUACCCUGGUCACACCAGGUAUUCGUCGGGCUGCCGUUGCUUUUGAAAGAAAGUGCAGUUUGACGUGGCGCUCAUGUUGUUUAUUCGGACUACUGCGGGUCUCCGCAGUCAGCUUCUAACCGGUUUACGCAACUCGCUUUCCGGCUACAGCACCUCCAGAGCCGCCGCUGCUGCAUACAUCCAGGGCCAGAGCCCAGAACCACGGAUCCGUGAGUACUUCUACUACAUUGACCACCAAGGACAGUUGUUCCUGGAUGACACCAAAGUGAAGAACUUUGUCACCUGCUUCAAAGACAAACACUUCCUGGCUUUCUUCUUCAGUCGUCUGCGUGUCAAUCAGAGCGGACGCUACGUGGACUUCCCCUUCCUGUCUCUGUGUGGGAGGGAGAGGAAUUUCCUGCGCUGCGACGACCGGCCGGUGGUCUUCACCCACCUGCUGGAGGCCAUCACCGGAGACCAGAAGCUCCUGUCCUUCUGCGGGGGCGCAGAGAAGCUGACCGCGCCCUUCCGGCCUGAGGCGCUUUACAUGCACCCGAUAAGCGGGCGACUUUACCACCCCUGUUCUGAGCGGACAGGUGGCGUUGGCCUGGUGAGGUCCGCCUUGGCUAUUGAGCUCAGCCCAUUCUUUGUCUAUGCUUCAGAGCCGGGCCAAUCAGGACUGCCUACACACUUCCUGUGGGGAGAAGAGCAGCACUCACUGACCAAUGAGCUGGCAGGAAGCUUUCCCACAAUAGAGGAUGACAGUGGAACAGGACUGAGUUAAAAUCCACAGCAGAAAAGGUGUGUGUGUGUGUGUGUGGGUGCGAGGUUGCAACAAAAUAACUCCCUUGAUCAGUGAUAUUGCAGACAAAUGAAGGGUAUGAAAUAUGGCGGCUGUGGUGAAAACAAUAAAUCUGUUGUGUCAAAAUUUUCAAGCUGAGUUGAGUGAAUCGAAAGCUAAUGUGAUUGUAAACAAUGCAAUGUUUCACUUUAUCUUAAGACUUAACUCGUCCACCAUAACUCGGACUAACUUCUUGCCUGUCUUUUUUUUUCUUUUUUCCUAUUGCACAUAAAUUCCAGCAGGGGGCGACUCAACUUUUGCAAAAAAAAACAUGAUACAGGACUCUUCAAAGGGUUCCUCUGCUUUAAAACGUUUGACUAAUAAAGGUGAUAAUAAGUGGAAAAAAUGUAGGUUCACCUACAACAAUCAAUUAAUAUCCACAUCACAGCCACGUAAUGUAGCUUGUUUUAAUGCAAAAUCAGCAAAGAAAUAUAGUGGGAACAGUUAAAUAGCAAUAUUUGAACCCCAUACAUAAAUUUU